AUGUCUUCGCAACCUGAUGUCACAAUUUCCUACAACUCUGAUGUCUCUUCAAUCGACUCUGUUGUUCCUGUUCCGUCAGAUGUUGAUUCCAUUCCAUCUCACGGAUUGACUCCUUCGCCUAACUCUUCGUCCGAAAUUCCUAGUCAUGGAUUAACUCCUUCUGACAGCCCUAUGUCUUCAUUGAAUGUAUCCUCUUCUUCCUCCUCACCAUCUCCAGUUGAGGACAAUACUGAAGACUCGGCACCAAUCACUUCCGCCGGUGACAAAUCGGAUGACGAUUAUCAUCCCAUUGACACUCUUGGAGAUGUAAGCCCUGAUACCUCGUCUAUGCUUCCGCUACCUCCCGACCAAGCUCGCUGGUACUACGAACCCCAUUCCUCUGUCGCUCCUCGAGAUAUAUCUUCUUCUAUCAGUCCCAAUAACAUCAUCACUACCCGCCGCCGGGCUAAUUUGGCAAGCUCUGCGCGGUCCUUUGGCAGAUGA